AUGUCUCAAUAUGUAUUUAUUGCACCAGCUUUCGAGCCACGGAGGCCAGCCUACUACACCUAUCUUGCAACCGUUAUGGAAGGGCCGCUCCAGAACCUUCAAAAGCUGAAUGUCAUUGACUCUAUAAUCUUUUAUGUACUGGAGUAUCCAGCCUCGGUUCUUUCUGCGUUUAUCCCCAUAUUUGAUUCCAACCCGUACCUCAUCAUGCCGACACCUACGAAUCAAACCGCCAUUCCUAGCGUCACUAACCUACGCGAACAGCUUGGCUACGGCGAUACAAAGAAAAAGAUAUUCCACGAAUUGAAGACCGCCAUGCUAUCCUCUCGAGACGUCUUCGUGACUGAUGAAGGACUCCGUGGCCAAGAUCUCAUUGACUGGAAAUCUCGUGAGCAACAGACUGCCUUGUCGAAGAUGGUUCAAACAUUCCUAGACCGCGACAAGAAUGCGAAAAAGUUUUGGCCAGACGAUGAUGCACUUUAUACCACGAAGCUUAAGUUUUCAACCGAUCAGGAUAGAAUCAAGGGAAUUUUGCAACAACUCUUUUGGCGACUCAAUGUUCAAGACCACCGCAAUAACAAAUAUCGGGAGUCCUCGGGUAAAGAGAAUGACAUACACAAGGGAUCUGAAACCGGGCUUCAUCGCAAUGAUCCCAUAGAUCUGGAGAGCCUCGAGGAUGAAAAACCGCCGGGUCUGAGAUUGGCGAGAGAGCGAAGUCGCACCUUAAGAGCACAUACAGUUGACCAGGUUCCAAACGAGUCAGAGCUUACCGACGAUGCCUCUGUUUAUUCGAGCAUCUCAAGAGACCCGUACAGGGUACCACAGAGCCCUGAUCUCGGUGCUCAGGCUCCGACUCGAAAGGCGCGAAGAGAACCGGAGUGGGCUACUCCAGAGCAAUACUGGGCCGCCGGAGAGUCUCCAGACCGCCCGUCAAGCCUGGGCUCUAUCGGCAACAACCUUGGAGUCCCAGAUGGUACUACUGUUGCAACAGUAACGUCUCCAACUCGGCCAACUGUUGAAGAUGCGCCGCAAAAGGACCCCGUCAACGAUUUCAUCGAUGAGUGGACCAUGCAACAGAACGCCGACACUGAGGCCAUCCCGCCGGCCACAGAUGUGCCCAAGGAUCGCGCAAUGACUCCCAUUGCAACCGAGAGAGAAGAAGCGGCUGAGAAAUCUGACGCUGCAUUAGAGGUCUUGAGAGUGCAUCCUUCUACUAAGACUUUCACAUUCGAACCCUCUCUGUCUGAAGGAAAGGCCACCAACGCUGGCUCUCGUCCCGGCGAGAAUAUUGAACGAGACAACUUCGGACCAGAAGCUGGCAUUGCGGAGCCUAGAUUUACCUAUGUGGUUGUGACACACUACCCGAAAUUCAGAAGGAGGCUUUGGAAGCCGAAAGGAAGUUUCAGAGACAAGUCCCUUUCUGACAUGCUGACUGAGCUCCCAGCAUAUUAG